UUGAAUUAUCAGCAAAACAGCAACACCUCAUUUCUGUUGACUGAUAACAAUGUAACGUUAUACUCGAGACGUAACAUAAGAGAGCAACAGGGUCAGGAAUUAACACUAAACUCUUCAGGCAUUUUGUUAUAGCAGAAGGAACAAGACAAAUUCAUUUAGAGCUGGAUAUUGUGGUUCGUCGACGAGAUUUUGGUUGAGUUUCAAGCCAUUUCGAGGUCGUCAUUAUGUGGAAGUAUCUCGUAGUUUUGAUGUUGGUUUAUAACUACAUCGAGUCAGUAACGAGGAGAAAAACCGCAAAAACCAGGAGACAAACUCUUGAAGCACGAAAGAAAACCAACAUGUAACUCUUGGCAGUGAUGAUCAUGAGAAGUCAAGCUUGUUCUCGUGCUUCGAUGAUCCGCGAUGGGACGUGUACAACCCAGUGUGCACCCUCCGCGGGAUGUCCUGAACCAGACUCUGACUGUCUGUGUGAUUCCCAAUGUGGAUAUAGCUGCGUCAAAAAAGGUCUGUCUUGUGGUCCGGCCCCAACCAUACGUAAUGCGGACCUAACAUCAUCUGGGACAGCCUUUAAUGAUACUGUGGUAUACACAUGUCAGUCUGGUUAUACCAUAAAUGGUGAUGACGUAAGGAGAUGUACUGCUAAAGGAACGUGGAGUGGAGUUGGUCCUACAUGUUUGCCCGUUUGCCAGCAGCCCGACUUGCCAUUUGGCUCGUACGUGAAGACUAACAUCAAGUCAGAGUACAAGACAGGAGAGAGUAUUACGCUUGACUGUAAAACGGGCUUCAUAAAGGAGGGUAAUCCAAGAAGAAUUUGUAUAUCUGGAAGGUGGACAGCAUUUCCAUUUGAAUGCAAAGCAACACAUUCCUGUCCAAGAACAAUCCGCGCCUCUCGAACCAGGUGUACUAAUAAAUGUUCCCCCGACGAUCCUGUUGGGUGUCCCGCGGGACACAGAUGUCUUUGUGACGGGCAGUGCGGCUACAGUUGUGUUGAGCAAGGUCUGCAGUGUCCUUCCCCCACUCGAGUUAAGAACGCUCUUAUAAAAUUCAAUAACACUGGAUACAAUGACACUGUAACGUACAAGUGUCAAGAGAACUUCACCCUCAACGGCGAUAGAGUACGAAGAUGUACAGCCAAGAAGAGAUGGGGAGGAGCAGUACCUUCCUGUUUACCGGACUGCGGCCAGCCAAGAGUUCCUCAACACGCCUACAUCGAAAACAAGAAGUCUAAAUACGCCUCUGGUGAUCGAGUGACGUUCAAAUGUGAUGCAGGUUACAAUCAAGAAGGAAUAUCAACAACAUUGUGUUUCAUGGGAAGGUGGAAUGUAAUGCCUUUUAGAUGUGAUAAGGGAGGAUGUGGGGAUCCUGGUACACCAGAKAACGGCAAUAAAGUAGGAAUAUCUUACGCACCAGGAAGGGAAGUGUUYUUCUCUUGUAACAUUGGAUACGUUCGUGUUGGUUCUGAAAAAAGAAGAUGUCUUCAUAACAACACGUGGAGUGGUACACAACCAACCUGUAAACUCAUCGAUUGUGGACCGCCUCAAGUACUAAAGAACGGAACUGUAAUCGGUAGUGAGACGACCUUCCAAAAAUCUAUCUCUUUUAAAUGUGAUGAAGGAUUCGAGUUGGACGGAAAUCCUAGUGCUAUCUGCCAGUCAGACGGAAAAUGGAGCAUAGAACCGAAGUGUAUCCCUGUAGACUGUGGUAGCUUGGAUGCCCCUUUACAUGGAUCCAAAAUCGGCAAUCAAUCCACCUUUACAAACAAGAUACUAUUCUCUUGUGACCCUGGCUACAAAUUGGUUGGAUCAGCUGUUAGAUAUUGUCCUUUUACUGGAGUAUGGGACGGCGUUCAGCCUACAUGUCAGGCGUUGGACUGUGGUGUUCUUAAAGCUCCUAUGAACGGAUCAAUUCAGGGCGAUAAAUGGACUUAUCCAAACUCGGUCAGUUUUGACUGUGAUAAGGGAUUUGAUUUGAUUGGCUCCUCUGUGCGCACGUGUCAGACGAAUGGAAUCUGGGGGGGACAAACAGUUCGCUGUCAAGCGGUUGACUGUGGAAAACUUGUAAUACCACAAAACGGAUCUCUGACCGGAAGUCAGACAACGUAUCCAGCGACAAUAAAAUUCCAAUGCGAUGAAGGUUUCCUGUUGAAAGGUUCAAAGUACAGAAAAUGUCAAGCUGAUCGAACAUGGAGUGGGAAGCUCACCUCUUGUGAAGCUGUUAGCUGUGGCAAACCAGCUUUUGUGGAGUAUGGACGCCCUUUUGGUGGAGGAAUGACGUACCCUAACGUUAUCGUCUAUAAGUGCGAAGAAGGGUACCUGCUGAAUGGACCAAAAACUAGACAAUGUCAGGCUAAUGGAACAUGGAGUGGAAGAGAUCCAACAUGUGAUGCCAUCAGCUGUGGUGUCCUAAAUGCUCCAAUAAAUAGUUCCAAGAUCGGUAACGUCUACACGUAUCCUAACGAUGUCACAUUUUCCUGUGAUCAAGGCUUUGAUUUGAUUGGCUCAAAAAGCCGCGUGUGUCUGUCAGACGGUUCCUGGAGUGGAGAAGACACUUUCUGUAAAGCGGUUGACUGUGGUCCUCUUGCUGUUCCUAUGAAUGGUUCAUUGAAGGGCUCCUUGACAACCUUCCCUACUGUCGUCAUGUUUGACUGUGAUAGGGGAUUCAGGAUGAAAGGAUCUACAUCAAGAAGAUGCCAAGCCAAUAGAAGAUGGAGUGGCAGUCUCUCGACUUGUGAAGCUGUGGACUGCGGUCCUCUAAAACGACCAAUGAACGGGUUCAUCCUUGGCUCAGCUACAGUUUUCCCCAACAAAAUAUCAUUCUCCUGUGAUGUUGGAUUUCUGUUGAGAGGAUCACAGCAGAGGGAGUGUCAGGCAAAUGGAAAGUGGAGUGGCAAGGCCACAAGGUGUGAAGCUGUCGACUGUGGGUAUCUUCCUGCACCGAGGAACGGAUCGAAAAGAGGAGAUUUAACGUACUUCCCGAACAGAGUGAUUUUCUACUGCGACAAGGGGUUCAAGUUAAUAGGAUCAAAAAUAAGAACUUGCUUGGGGAAUGGAAACUGGAGUGGAAGGACCACGUACUGUGAAGGUGUAGAGUGUGGUCGUCUAGCUGUACCAACGAACGGAUCAAUGGUGGGCAACAAAUUUUUCUAUCCAAACGAAAUCAAGUUUUCGUGUGACAAAGGGUUUGUGUUAAGAGGAUCGUCUUUAAGAAAAUGCUUGCAUUUCAGAAUGUGGAGUGGAUACUCAACUCAUUGUGAAGCAAUCGACUGUGGUCCUCUAUCUAUUCCUGUGAAUGGCACUAUCCGUGGAAACCUCACUGAUUACCCGAACACAAUCAAGUUUAUUUGCAAUCGAGGGUUUGACUUGAUUGGCUCUAAAGAAAGAGAAUGUUUGUCCAAUGGAACCUGGAGUGGAACAAAGUCAUUGUGUAAAGCUAAAAACUGUGGCCCUCUGGUCGCGCCCAUGAAUGGCACCAUGAUAGGCAAAAAGACGGUAUUCCCGAACAUCAUAAGGUUUAUGUGUGACGAAGGGUUUGAGAUGUUUGGAUCUCCAAUAAGGAAAUGUCUAGCAAGUGGAAAGUGGAACGGAAUGCGACCGAAGUGCAGAGCUGUGAAUUGUGGUGUACUUCCAUUACCAAAGAAUGGUUCAGUUUAUGGUAGCAAGACUGUUUUUCCGAACACUAUAAGAUUUAGUUGUGAUGAAGGAUUUGAUUUAAUUGGUUCAGCUGCUCGAACAUGUCUACCCAAUGGAACUUGGAGUGGACGCAUGACAUCCUGCAAAGCUGUCGAUUGUGGUCCUCUUUCUGCUCCUCAAAAUGGAUCCAAACAAGGAAGCUUGACCGUGUUUCCAAACAGCAUUACAUUCAACUGCGACGAGGGGUUUGAUUUGAUUGGAUCAUCUUUACUGUUUUGUACAUCGAAUAGAACAUGGGAUGGUUUCCAUCCAAUCUGCAAGGCCGUUGAUUGCGGUCCUCUUGCUCUUCCACAAAAUGGUUCCAAACACGGAAGCUUGACAGUUUUUCCCAAUACCAUCGCCUUCAGCUGUGACGAAGGGUUUCUUCUUCGUGGUUCGUCGUCACGUAUCUGCCAGGCCAACAGGACAUGGAGUGGUAUCCUUACUCGAUGUGAAGCGAUCGAUUGUGGUCCUCUUGCUGUACCCAUGAAUGGAACGAUGGAAGGAACAAAGACUGUAUUUCCAAACAUUCUUACAUUCAGUUGCGAUGAAGGCUUUGAUCUCCUGGGGUCAUCCCAACGGACAUGUUUGUCAAAUGGAAACUGGAGUGGUACUCAACCAACAUGUCAAGCUGUUGAUUGUGGUCGUCUUGCUGUUCCUCAAAAUGGAUCGCUUGAAGAAUCUUCUACGGUCUUUCCUAACGUCAUCACCUUCAGCUGUGACGAAGGUUUCCUUCUUCGUGGUUCAUCGUCUCGUGUCUGCCAGGCCAACAGGACAUGGAGUGGUAGCUUGACGCAUUGUGAAGCCAUAGAUUGUGGUCCCCUGGCCGUGCCCAUGAAUGGGUCAAUGUAUGGAAGCAGCACGGUGUAUCCAAACAGCAUAGAGUUUAAAUGUGAUGAAGGAUUCGACUUACUCGGACCGCCUGUGCGCAUAUGUUUGUCGAAUGGAAAAUGGAAUGGCAAUCAAACAACGUGUAAAGCUGUUGACUGCGGUCAUCUUGCUGUCCCACAAAAUGGAUCCAAAUACGGAAGCGUGACAGUUUUUCCCAAUACGAUCAAGUUCAGCUGUGAUGAAGGGUUUCUUCUUCGUGGUUCAUCGUCGCGUGUCUGCCAGGCCAACAGGACAUGGAGUGGAAUGCUUGCGCGAUGUAAAGCUGUAGAUUGUGGCGCCUUGGAUGCUCCCCGAAAUGGAUCACUUCAAGGAGCUUUAACGGUGUUUCCUAAUAUCAUCACCUUCAGCUGUGACGAAGGGUUUCUUCUUCGUGGUUCAUCGUCUCGUGUCUGCCAGGCAAACAGGACAUGGAGUGGUAGCAUGACACGAUGUGAAGCUGUUAAUUGUGGCCAGCUUGCUGUACCCAUGAAUGGAUCAAUGUAUGGAAACAAAACAGUCUUCCCACAUAUUAUCAAGUUUACAUGUGACGAAGGGUUCGAUUUGAUUGGCUCAUCGGUGCGUUCGUGCUUAUCAAAUGGAAAGUGGAGCGGCAAUCGAACGAUCUGCGAAGCGGUGGACUGUGGUCCUCUUGCUCUUCCACAAAAUGGGUCCAAACACGGAAGCUUGACAGUGUUUCCCAAUACGAUCAAGUUCAGAUGUGACGAAGGUUUUCUUCUUCGUGGUUCGUCGUCACGUAUCUGCCAGGCCAACAGGAUAUGGAGUGGUAUCCUUACACGAUGUGAAGCUAUAAACUGUGGUGCCCUGUCUGUGCCUAUGAAUGGAUCCCAGUUUGGAAGUAGUACCGUGUUCCCCAACAGUAUAACAUUCAAGUGCGACAAAGGAUUUGAUUUGAUUGGAUCGUCUGUGCGUAACUGUUUGUCAACUGGCAAAUGGGACGGCAACAGCACUACCUGCAGAGCGGUUGACUGCGGUGCUCUGGCAGUUCCACAAAAUGGAUCCAAACACGGAAGCUUGACAGUGUUUCCCAAUACGAUCAAGUUCAACUGUGACGAAGGGUUUCUUCUUCGUGGUUCAUCGUCACGUGUCUGCCAGGCCAACAGGACAUGGAGUGGUAUCCUUACACGAUGUGAAGCUAUCAACUGUGGUCCUCUUAUCACGCCCAUCAAUGGAUCAGUUAUAGGAAACGAAACAGUGUUCACUAACAGUCUUAAAUUCAGCUGUGAUCAAGGUUUUGACAUUCUUGGAUCUUCUAGACGAACCUGUCUGUCCAAUGGAACCUGGAGUGGAACAAUUGCAACAUGUAAAGCUGUUGACUGUGGUCCUCUUGCUGUCCCACAAAAUGGUUCCAAACAUGGACGCUUGACAGUGUUUCCCAAUACGAUCACCUUCAGCUGUAACGAAGGGUUUCUUCUUCGUGGUUCAUCGUCACGUAUCUGCCAGGCCAACAGGACAUGGAGUGGUAUCCUUACACGAUGUGAAGCAAUAGAUUGUGGCUUUAUUCCUGCUCCAUUGAACGGAUCCAUAUUUGGCAACCACACUAUCUUCCCAAACAGCAGAACGUUUCACUGUGACGAAGGAUUCGAUUUGAUUGGCUCAUCUUUAAGAACCUGUUUAUCGAACGGAAAUUGGAGUGGCACUCAACCUUCAUGUAGAGCGGUUGAUUGUGGUCCUCUUGCUGUCCCACAAAAUGGAUCCAAACACGGAAACUUGACAUUGUUCCCCAAUACGAUCGCCUUCAAAUGUUACGAAGGGUUUCUUCUUCGUGGUUCAUCAUCACGUGUCUGCCAGGCCAACAGGACAUGGAGUGGAAGCUUGACGCGUUGCGAAGCCGUAGAUUGUGGUUCCCUUUUUGCUCCAAUGAACGGAUCCUUCUAUGGAAACAAAACGUUCUUCCCUAACAGCAUAAAAUUCGAAUGUGAUGCCGGAUUUGACCUCCUCGGAUCAUCAGAGAGGACCUGCCUUUCAAGUGGACAAUGGAGUGGAAACAUGACAUCAUGCAAAGCUGUUGACUGUGGUCUUCUUGCUGCCCCACAAAAUGGAUCCAAACGUGGAAGCUUGACAGUGUUUCCCAAUACGAUCACCUUCAGCUGUGACGAAGGGUUUCUCCUUCGUGGUUCAUCGUCACGUGUCUGCCAGGUCAACAGAACAUGGAGUGGAAUCCUUACUCGAUGUGAGGCUGUGGACUGUGGAUCGCUUACUGUGCCUGUUAACGGCUCAAUGACUGGAAAUAUAACAACCUUUCCUAACAACCUAAGGUUUUGCUGUGACGAGGGUUUUGACCUUCUUGGGUCAUCUGUGAGGACUUGCUUGUCAAUUGGAAAGUGGAGUGGCAACAUGACAACAUGUAAAGCUGUUGACUGCGGUCAUCUUGCUGUACCGCAAAAUGGAUCUAAACACGGAAGCUUGACAGUUUUUCCCAAUACGAUCGGCUUCAGCUGUGACGAAGGGUUUCUUCUUCGUGGUUCAUCGUCACGUGUCUGCCAGGCCAACAGGACAUGGAGUGGUAUCCUUACACGAUGUGAAGCAAUCGAUUGUGGUCCUCUUGCUGUACCCAUGAAUGGAACAAUGCAAGGAACAAAGACUGUAUUUCCCAACAUUCUUACAUUCAGUUGCGAUGAAGGCUUUGAUCUCCUGGGGUCAUCCAAACGGACAUGUUUGUCAAAUGGAAACUGGAGUGGUACUCAACCAACAUGUCAAGCUGUUGACUGUGGUCCUCUUGCUGUCCCACAAAAUGGAUCCAAACUCGGAAGCUUGACAGUGUUCCCCAGUAGGAUUAAAUUCAACUGUGACGAAGGGUUUCUUCUUCGUGGUUCAUCGUCACGUGUCUGCCAGGCCAACAGGACAUGGAGUGGAAUCCCUACACAAUGUGAAGCCAUAGACUGUGGUCCUUUAUCUGUUCCCAUGAAUGGAUCCCUGCUCGGCAACAAAACAUUCUAUCCGAACAUCAUAACAUUCGUAUGUGAUGAAGGAUUCGAUAUCAUCGGAUCUACUGAACGAAAGUGUUUAUCAAAUGGAAAAUGGAGUGGUUCAAUAACAUCUUGUAAAGCUGUAGAUUGUGGACGUCUUGCUACACCUCUCAAUGGAUCUGUGUUUGGCUCAUCUACCGUCUUUCCAAAUAAGGUCUCAUUCCAAUGCAAUGAAGGGUUCCUUCUAAGAGGACCUUCAGUUCGAGUUUGCCAGUCAAAUAGAACCUGGAGCGGAGAAGAGACUAAAUGUCAAGCAAUAGAUUGUGGUUCCCUCGAUGUGCCUACCAAUGGGUCCCUCCUUGGCGACCUUACAGUUUUUCCAAACAAGAUUAGAUUCACAUGUGAUGAGGGAUUUGACCUCCUGGGAUCUCCAAUGAGAACCUGCCUGUCAAACGGGACAUGGAGUGGCUCUAGAGUAUCAUGCAAAGCUGUUGAUUGUGGCUCUCUUGCUGUACCAAUGAAUGGAUCUUCAUCUGGAUCUCUAACGACUUACCCCAACAAAUUCGUGUUCACGUGCGAUAAGGGCUUUAUUCUGAUUGGUUCGUCAGUGCGCACGUGCCUUAGCAACAGAACGUGGAGUGGACCAAUGACGCGCUGUCAAGCUGUUGAUUGCGGUCCUCUUGCUGUCCCUAUAAAUGGCACAUCCAAGGGUUCCUUAACAUUCUACCCAAACGUUAAAACCUUUCACUGCGAUAGAGGGUUCAUCUUAAGUGGAUCGUCUACCAGACAAUGUCAAGCCAGUGGAACAUGGAGUGGCGACAAAGCAGUCUGUACAGCUGUUGACUGUGGUGCUCUAGAAGCCCCUAUGAACGGGACAAAGAAAGGAAGUCAAACUGUAUUCCCGAAUGUUGUUCAGUUUGGUUGUGACAAGGGUUUCAUACUUCAAGGUUCAAGUGAUAGAAUUUGUCAAGCGAAUGGAACAUGGAGCGGAGACCCUGCAAGAUGUAACGCGGUAGAUUGUGGUUUUCUGGCUGUUCCCAUGAAUGGAUCCCUUCAAGGCCAACUAACUGUGUUCCCGAACAAGAUCAAGUUCAGCUGUGACGUAGGCUUCGACCUGAUUGGCUCAUCUGUGAGAAGCUGUCAAUCAAAUGGAUUAUGGAGUGGUUCAGUCACAACAUGCCAAGCCGUCGACUGUGGUCCUCUAAAUGUACCCAGGGAUGGAAAAGUAGCAGUUUCAGGUACUACGUACACCCAGAGAGCUGUAUUCACGUGCUACGAUGGAUUUAUCCUGAUAGGGAAUUCUGUACGAGUAUGUCAAGUCAACAGAACGUGGAGUGGAAAACAGCCUCAUUGUAAUGCGGUUGACUGCGGUAAACUAAGACCGCCUACGAACGGUGCCAUGAGAGGUCAGCUGACUGUCUUUCCAAAUAAGGUCACCUUUACCUGCAAAGUUGGCUUCGAUCUGGUUGGUUCUCCUGAGGUGAAGUGCCUUGCGAGUGGGCUUUGGAGUAACAGCACUCCAACAUGUAAAGCUAUGCGGUGUAACCCGCCUGUGAUACCUCCCAAUUCCUACCUCACGACAAGUCAUCAGCUGUACUUUGAUAACGAAGCAGCUGUCUACUUUAGUUGUAAACCAGGCUUCUUCUUGAGGGGAACACCCAUCAUCACCUGCUUGAACGGGAACUGGACUAAAACUGAAUUCCUGUGUCUACCGCCAAAAUGCAAACCCCCUCAUGUGCCGGACAACGCCUACAUCACCUUCCCACGAGGAAAGAAAGGCCCUUACGUAGAAAACGACGAAGUAUAUUUCUCCUGUAACAAUGGGUACUACUUGACAGGCAAACCAUCCAUCACAUGUCAAGACACAUGGACGAAUCAGCAGUUCACAUGUCUCCCGGUGGAGUGUGGUCCAUUGCCGCCACCCGAACGUGGUUCAAUCGUUCGUUCUACUGGCACAACAUUUGGACAACGGUACGAGUUUGGCUGUGAUUGGGAGAACGGCUUUAAAUUAGACGGUUCGCAGAUUCGUGUUUGUCAGGCCAACAAAGAGUGGGACGGGACGCAACCAUCUUGUUACCUACUCAGCUGUGGUGAGCCUAAAACACCAGAACAUGGAAUCAAAAUAGACUUCAACUACACCUACAAUAAUAAAGUACGAUUUCGUUGUGACCGAGGGUACUCCCCACGGGGAUACAGAGAAACUCGCUGUCAGAUCAACAGUAGAUGGACAGGCAAGGGUUUGAUAUGUUUGCCCUGCUCAGCGCCACUAGGAUUAAGCAAUCGAAAGAUUUCAAGUAAAAUGCUAUCAGCGUCGUCCGAACGAGACCCCAAUCACAGCGCAAACCAUGGGCGGCUAUUCGACAGUAGCGCGUGGUGUUCAGCUCGAAGCGCGUAUGAGAAGUACCUUCAGGUGGAUUUUGGAUCCAUAAUGGAGGUGACGGCCAUUGCUACUCAAGGACAUCCAAAAGAAUACAAAUGGGUUAAUAAAUAUUAUUUGAAGUAUGCAUUGGGUGCGCAUUGGUACGAGUAUCGUGUUAACGGAGAGAUUAAGGUUUUCAGAGGAAAUAGAGACCGCAAUGCAGUAGUCAAGCGUUAUCUGGAGAAACCGAUUGUAGCGCACAAGCUUCGCCUCUACCGCCACGAGAAUACUCAGAUCUUUAGCGGGUCAUCAGUGUGCGUACGAAUGGAAGUCUAUGGAUGUACAUUCUACACAAAAUGCCUGACAGUGGGAGCAAAGGUCUUAGCUCGUUGGUACCAAUGGCAAAAACAAACCACAUAUGUUGCGGGAUACGUCAGCGAGAUCAAUGAAAAAACUAUUGGCAUUGUACCACAUGACCAGCACUCCAGCCUGACUCCAGGGACUGUUCUGAUGGUCAGUAAGAGUGACCCGUAUUAUAUUCUAAAGGAUAUUGUGCCACAAGAACAUGAAAUCGUUAAUAAAAUACCCGUGGUAAUGCUCCUUCGUGGCCAGGAUGGGGCGGCUUUUUAUCCGUCAGGCAAGGUGGUGAACAAAAUUGGCUUUUGGUAUCAAGUGAACUUAGAUAAUGACGAGAUAGGUCACUGGAGAAAGUUGUCACAGAUUCGACUAAUAAAGAUGCCAGAAAGCUGUGAAACACUCGAAAACAACAAACUUGAGAUCAAGAAGUGAAAAUGAUCCUAAUAUACAAGAGCCAUAUUAUUUUUGGCAAAUAAUUAUCUCGUAUAAUAGAGUAAAAUAUGUAUACAAACGCAAAAAAUAUUAACAAAAAUUACUGCAAAAAAUUCUUGCGAAACUUAUAAUAAUUUUUGACAACUUUUCUCAUUUUCUGUUACACGUUACAAAACGUACACAUCUUGCAUUUUUCCUCAUGCUACAUAACAACCGCUACAUAACACGUUACAAUAUACAUGCUACAUAACACCCGUUACAUAACAC